AUGGUCAAGUUUGGACUAACAGAUCGGUUUCAUGUUUGGAUUCGAUGGAACAGAGAGGAGAUCUUGGGGUUCAAGAUGGUACAUCCACACUUUUUCCGUACAACUAGUAAAAAGGAGUAUCAGAUCAAGAUGAGAUCACAACUAAAACUUCAUGUUAAACUUUCAUUUAUGAUUAUACUUGGUUUAGUUGGAUCACUUUCAACUGAAGUAUAUGGUACCACUUUAAUCAAAAGAAUGGAAGCCAGUUCUAGUAAAGAAGUGUUAAAGUUUGAAGACUUGACUCUUGGAUCUGAAAGAGCAUUAAAGAAUGAUCUGGGGGAUCAAAGGGUUAUGAAGUCUGAUGAAGUUGAGGAUUAUGGAAGACCAAAAUUGAUGAAAGUUAAAAUUUCGAAUCCAACUUCAAAUUUACCUCAUAUUACUCAUCUUCAAACCAUUGUAAAAGGAAACAAAAUCGAAUCUAAAAAAGUUAAAUGGGAUCAAGGCAAUGGAAAAGGUCAAGGGUUUUGGGAAUUUUAUGAAAAAGUUGGAAAUCAUCGUGAAAAACUCAGAAGUGCCCAAGGAUUAGUUAAAGUAGAAAUCAAAGGAGAAGAUCCUUAUUAUCCAAUCAUGAUUAAGUAUCAAGUACCACAAAACCAAUGGGUUGUUCAAGUUCCAGAAAUCCUUCAUGAUGAGAACCAAGAUUCAUGGAGUUCACUCCAAAAGUUCUUUGAUCAAGGGAAAUAUACAGCUGAACAUAAGAUGGAACUCUUGUUUCAAGGAGGUUUAGAAGGAAUUGAUCCAGGAGCCACAAGUUCAACAUCUAAGUUUUUUCUUGCUAAACUCACUGCACCAAAAGGAUACAAACUCAAUAUACCAACAGAGGAACAUGCCAGUAUUAUUAAAAUUCCAGUAGCUGAACUAAGUGAAACCAUUCAACAUUUUGAAAAAAAUCAAGUUGUGGUACAUGUUGGUUUAUCACAUUUAGUUGCAGGAAUUUCAUGGAAUUCAAUUAGGUUUGGAUCUGAACCAAGAAGAAAAAUUAGUGAAAGUUUAAUGAAAUCAUUAGAAACUUUAAAACCUCUUAGACCAAUUACUUCAUUCCAAGAUUUCAAUCAAGUAUCUAAUAAGAAAUUUUCAGAAAUGAAAAACAUAUACUCGGAUGAAAACUUACCACAUAUUACUCAGAUCAGAACAUUAAAUCCAAGUAAAUUUUUAUCAACUCUAGAAGCUGAAUGGAAGUCUGGAGAGAAAAUAAAUCAUGAGGUAUUUGUACAGAGGCCCAGGAAAGAUAAUAUUGGAAUAGACAGUGUUUCAGGUUUAGUAGAAAUUGAAAUCAAAGGAGAAAAACCUUAUAUUCCACUCUUGAUCCAAUACAGAGUACCUCUAAACAAAUGGAUUCUUGAAACACCUGCAGGACUUCGUGAUGAAGGUGAAAGUCCCUUAGGAGCCUUUCAAAGAGAGUUUCUUGAAGAAGUUGGAGAUCAGAUGGGUGAACAUCAUGAAGGUAGUUUAAAAAGUUUGUAUGGCUCUGAGAUUUUACAUCAAAGUGGAAUUCAGGCUAAAGAUCCAAGUUCAAGUAGAGCAACUGCUCAAUUCUUUAUUGGAAAAGUUAAAGCACCAAAUGUAUAUAAAACAAAAGAAACCAAACAUGAAGCCAGUGAAAAUAUCAAAGUGAUCAAAGUUCCAAGUGAUUUAUUAAACACAGUCAUAGAUUAUUGGAAAGAAAAUGAUCAAAUCAUUGAAGCUGGUUUAAGUCAAUUUAGGAUUGGAAUGUAUUUAAAUUCAAAGCAUAAAGAACAAGAAUUAAAGUCAAUUGAAAGAUUGAAACAUGAGAAUCCUGAACUCUUAAAUCAACUUGAGAACAUCUUGUUAGGUAUAAAUCCUCCUUAUAAAUCACGUUUGUAA